AUGGCCACCAAUGUGACUUCUAAGUCUCUCCUUCCUCUAUCCCAGUUGAAAUGGACCAAAAAUGACGAGACCACCACCCAAAACGAUAACCCAUGUCAGCAAUUGAGCAGCAACAAAAAAAAACUAGCCGAGCUUCACUUGGAAGCAGAGAAGUCUGGUCCCAAGUCUUCCAAUGUCAAAAAUAGGGCCGACCCAGUUCCCUCCACAGAAGUGACCGAAGGUGCUGGGGAGAUCCAGAAGCCGAAACCAACUGCGACUGAGAAAAAAUCAAACCUUUGCAUCCGUCUGAAAAUCAAAGAGAAGAUUGUCGCUGCUGCUGAGAAUGAACCUAAGCCGAAGGCUAAAAAAGAGCUCUCUCUUGCUUCUCUGGCUGCGGAAGCAGCGGUGGAGGAGUUGGAAGAGGGGGUGCAAAAGACAUGGAACCUCCGGCCCAGGAGACCGGUGACUAAGGCUAAUGGCCGCACUGGUGCAUUGAAAACCGGUGCACCACCACCGCCGGAGAAAAAAACCCAAGAGUCUAUUGGUGCAGGGUCUUCCAAAGCUGGAGGGAAAGGGAAGAGUGCUCAGAACAAGGAUAACAAACCAAAAAUAUCGAUCGAGUUAACGAGAGAGGAGAUUGAAGAGGACCUUUUUAUCAUGACUGGGCAAAGGCCAUCCAGGCGCCCAAAGAAGAGAAACAAGAAUGUGCAGAAACAACUUGAUAAUCUGUUUCCUGGAUUGUGGAUGAACUCAGUGUCCCGGGAAUCCUACCAGGUUCCUGAAACUCCAAAGGAUCUGAUUCCUGGAUUAUGGAUGAACUCGGUGUCCUGGGAAUCUUACUAG